AUGAAGAAAAAAAAAAAACAAUCAGAUUUUAGCGGUUUCGUCAAAUUAAUGCUCAACGUACGUCACCCAACACCCGCUGCUGUAGCAGCAAUCGACAUGCGGUAUCUCGCACAGCUGAUAAACAUAAAUAAUAAUAGCACAGGUAACAUAAUAUUAUAUAGGUACUUACCACAAAAUCAUUUGGAGUGGAUUAAUGAAUUCCGUGGUCGUCUACGUGUCGUCGUCAGUGGUACGACGGAAAUGGCGGCGUCGGCGGUCGUCUUACCGGCGACCGACGUUUCGGCAAUAAUCGCGGGGGCGGCCGUCGUGGUUGAUUUUGUCGUUGUCGAACGACAAACGGACGACGUCGGCGAACUCACCGCCAGUGGCGGCAGCGGCGGGUACUGCUACUUCUGUCGCAGUGGUGCUUAG